AUGGGCCCUGAUAGGUGGCACUGAUGGGAACUGAUAGGCGGCACUGUUGAGCAGCACUGAUGGGCACUGAUGGCAACACCAGAUCCACGCAGGGGCGGACUGACAACUCAUGGGGCCCCGGGCAAUAGGGGAUCAUGGGGCCCCUGUGUCCUUGCCCAAACUCAAAAAAGCCUAUGAAAAAGGUACCAGGGGCAUCUCAUGGGGCCCCCUACUGACCCCGGGCCCUCAGGCAGUGCCCGAGUUUUCAAAUGGUCAGUCCGCCCCUGGGUCCACCCCAGCA